CACGGAUUCACUUUGCACAAAUCUGCGUUUCGGGAUGCCCUGUGCCUCAGAUACGGUUGGCACCCGUCCAACCUCCCAGACAUAUGUCCAUGUGGAUCUAAAUUCUCAGUAGAUCACUCUCUGUCAUGUCCAACAGGAGGAUACCCCAGCAUCCGCCAUAACGAGGUCCGCGAUUUAUUUACCAACUUGUUGACAGAGGUUUGCCACGAUGUACACAAAGAGCCCGUUCUGCAACCUCUCAACGGCGAGGUAUUUCAAAAACGCUGUACUACCUCUGACGAAAAUGCCAGACUUGAUAUUGCUGUCAGUGGAUUUUGGGGUGGGCACUUCCAACGAACUUUCUUUGACGUCAGGGUCUUCAACCCUAAUGCCUCAUCCUACAAAUCAGUGCAGAUCCCGUCAUUAUAUAAACGGCAGGAACAAGAGAAGAAAAGGCGAUACGAGGAACGAAUUAAUAACGUGGAGCUUUCAUCGUUCACGCCAAUCAUUUUAGCAUGCACUGGAGGAUGCAGUAAACUGACGUCUAUUUUUUUGAAAAGACUAGCCUCACUUUUAUCGGAAAAGCACCACACCGAGUACAGCACAACUAUCAACUGGCUGAGAUGUCGACUGUCAUUUGCACUCCUUCGGGCCUGCGUGAUGUGUUUGCGAGGAUGCAGGUCCAAGCUUCACAGAACCUCAAGGGACUUCAACAUUCUGCUGGAAGCAGCAGAAAGUAGAUUAUAGAAGACUGUUUAUCUCAAAGUUGUUACAACCUAGAAACUUGUUGCUAUAGAGGAAGCUUUUACAUACAGUAGUAGUAUUUUGAAAAAAGUAGUAGAGAUUUUAUUAUUAUUAGUAGUAGUAGUAGUAGUAGUUUAUUCAAGUAGUAGUAGUAGUAGUGUGUUAGCAGAUGCCGUUUGAUUGUUCAAAUACACCAGUUCUCUCAGUAGUAGUAGUAGUAGUAGUAGUAGUA